AUGUCUAAAUUUUCAGCACUUUUGGUUUCGGAUUUGAUCCUCUUUUGUUCAUCCAUUUUCUCCCACCCUCUUUAUUUCUCUUACUUCAUCUUCUUCUCCCCUUACUUGUUCAAGAUUUUCUCUUUUCUUUCGCCUCUCUUGGUCACCACUACCCUUUUCAUUCUUUCGUUUUUCACCCUUUCUCACAGCUUUCUCGACAACCAAACAGCUGCCUCUGUUUGCCACCUCCAAUUACCAGAUUCCAAGAUAAUAGCUUCCCUACUAGCUACCUACUGGAAACUCGUCGAAACGGUAAGGUCCGAAGUCGACGACGAACCGAGUGACGGAUUCGGAUUCUCGGAAUUGCUCGAAGCUUGUAAGAUGGUGUUCGAUAAGUCAACUUGUCAUGAGGCCGAUGAAGAUCUAUUUGCCGAGUGUUUAGAUGAAAAAUCGACACAAAUUAAACGUCCAGAAACGAAUCAGGUCAAGGCCGUCGUGAAGAUCUUUGAAGAUUUCUUGCAAGACAAGGAAGGGGUUGAAAAUAAUCCGUGGAAGAAGAGAGACAGACAAGUCAGGUCACCAAUUGUAGAGUCCAAUAAAGGUGAGGUACAAAAACAAGGAUUCAUAACAAGUGAUCCUAAAGCUGUGAUCAAACCAAUGGUGAAUUCCAAUAGAAUGACUGAAAAUGGUGGGAAUCAUAAUUACAAUUCCAGUGGGAAUUUGGGGUCCAGGAAAGAAAAGGAGUGGAAGAGGACAUUGGCAUGCAAGCUAUUCGAGGAGAGAUGCUCGGAAAAUACCGACGGAGACGAAGCGAUGGAUUUGCUUUGGGAAACAUACGAAACCGAGUCCAACAAGGCACAAUUACUCAAAAGUAGGUCGAACAAAGUCAUCGUCGACGAUGACUACUAUGGUAUCGACGAGUACGAAUACGAGGAAGAGUCGGUCGGUCAGUUAUGCUGCUUACAGGCUCUGAAGUUUUCAGCUGGGAAGAUGAAUUUGGGAAUGGGAAGGUCAAACAUUGUUAAAAUCUCAAAGGCCCUGAAAGGGUUUGGAUGGUUGCACAAUGUUAGCAACAGGCAUGGCAAGAGAAGCUUCAAGUGCGAACAACAAGAGGAAGUGAAUAGAAUUGGGUUGUCUGAAUCAAGAUUUAGUUUUGAUGGUAAAAAGAAGAGUGAGGAAGACAGGUGA